AUGAGAAAAAGCCUAUACUCCCCAACGAAAUCUUCUCUGAGUAAGAUGAAAAACCCAGUAAAGCUCAGAGAAAAGCUUGAUACUAUGACAUAUGCAAUUGAAGAGCUUAAAGAAAACUUGGCAAAGGAAUCUGAUGUCACUGAGUCGUUGGAAGUGAUGAAUUACAAAGUAAUCUUUAUUUAGAAUCACCAGCAGCUGUCUAUUCAAAUCAACGCACUAAAGGCUGCUUUUGAAGAUUUAUCAGGAAAUAUUCUUGGGCAGCUAGGAAAUCUACGAGAAGAAAUUUUGAAUGAAGCAAGGAAAGAAUAUUCAGUUUUAUCCCCUAAGCUUCAGCAACAAGAAAAAAUAAUAAAUGUAUUAGACACUGCAAUGACCGAACAAAACAAGUCAAUUAUUCAGCUAAAAAAGGAACUUAACGACAGCUAUAGGUAUAUCGUGGAUGUAAAUUUGGCUCAUAGUAAAAAAGAAAUUGAAUCGAAAACUGAAAAUUUAGUUGGAAGCUCUGCCAAUCAGCUGAAGAAUGAGCUGAAUAUUAGGCUUGAUGACUUAAUUUCAGCCUCUUCUAGCAAAAUUCGGCGAGAAGUCUACGAUAAGUUUGAUAUUGUGAACGAACGAUUUGACAAUUUAGGAUUUGAGCUCAAAGACACCCGGGAAAAAGGUUUCAGAAACGCUGAAGAACUAAAAGAAUUUACCUUAGAUCUCAGAAAGCUUAACCUUACAUUUGACAGCUUUAAAGAAAACUAUGACAUAGACAUGAACCGGCUUAAAAAAGAAUCCUUCGACCUUAAAGACAAAAUCGACUUCAUUGACUCCAAACGACAAAAGCUUGAUAAAGAUUUAGACCUCCUCAGAGAUGACAAUAAGCGGAGACUUGACACUUAUGACGACACCCUCCAAAUCAAUUCAAAAGAGCUUGCUCAACAAAUCAGUGAGAUCCAAGAACAGCUUGAACAUUAUCAAGGGUCAAUAAAGCAUGAUCAUUCAGUCUUGCAGAAUUUAACCACACAGACCAUCGAAAGAGUCGCUGAAAUUAAACACUCACUUUCAGCAAGGCAGCAAGAACUUAUAGAAAAUCAAGAAAAAAAAAUUGCAAAGCUGUCAGCUGAAAUUUCAAUUUUGCAUGAGCAAUUUGAAAGAGACUCGUAUUUGACUCAGACUGGAGACCUUAAUUUGAGUAUUGGGAAUAAAAUUGAGUGUCUGUCAAGGUCUUUUUAUGGGGAAAAUAAAAAUUUGAGUGAAAAAAUAGGAGAUCUUGAAAGGAAUUUAGAAGGAUAUAGGAGGAGCUCUCAGGAGAUAUUGGAGGAUAUAGAGAAAGAGAUGCAGUUUAAACAUGAGUCGCUGUCUCGAGCUAUUUCGAAGGUCUGCGACUAUAAUAGGAUUCCAACUCAUUUAAUCUUUUAA